AUGGAUGGAAGGGGAGACAUUGUUCGCAGUGACAUUGCCCUGGAUAAGCAGAAAGGCUGUAAGAUCGCCCAGCAUCCUGACAUAAUGUUGGAGCUACAGAGGGAAAAGGCAGCUCAGAUGCACUUGGUUUUGUUAAAGGAGCAGUUUUCAAACACAUACAGCAACCUCACACUAACAGCCAGGUCUCUAGACAAACUCUAUAACUUUGCUGACUGCUCUGGCCUUCACCUGAUCUUUGCACUGAAUGCUCUGCGCCGAAAUCCCAAUAACUCUUGGAACAGCUCCAAUGCACUCAGCCUGCUGAAAUACAGUGCCAGCAAGAAAUAUAACAUCUCCUGGGAGCUAGGCAAUGAGCCCAAUAACUACCGGACCUUGAUUGGCCGCUCAGUGAAUGGCAGCCAGCUGGGGAAGGACUACAUUCAGCUGAGGAGCCUGCUGCAGCUCAUCCGUACCUAUUCCAGAGCAAACCUCUAUGGGCCGAACAUUGGGAGACCCAGGAAGAAUGUCAUGGCUCUCUUGGAAGGGUUCAUGAAAGUGGCUGGCAGCACAGUGGAUGCUGUUACCUGGCAACAUUACUACAUCGAUGGCCGAGUGGCCAAAGUGACCGACUUCCUGAAAACACGCCUGCUAGACACACUGUCCGACCAGAUCAGGAAAAUCCAGAAAGUUGUGAACACAUACACACCAGGCAAGAAGAUCUGGCUGGAAGGCGUCGGUGCUACCUCUGCUGGAGGCAUGAACAACCUCUCCGAUUCCUAUGCGGCCGGGUUCCUGUGGCUGAACACACUGGGCUUGCUGGCCAGCCAAGGCAUUGAUGUAGUGGUGCGGCACUCCUUCCUUGACCAUGGCCACAACCACCUGGUGGACCAGAACUUCAACCCCCUGCCGGACUACUGGCUGUCCCUGCUGUACAAGCGACUCAUCGGACCCAAGGUGCUGGCCAUCCACGUGGCCGGUCUGCAAAGGAAGCCCCGGCCGGGCAGGGUGAUCCGUGACAAGCUCCGCAUUUACGCCCACUGCACCAGCUCCCACAACCACAACUACGUGCGGGGCUCCAUCACCUUGUACAUCAUCAACCUGCAUCGCUCUCGGAAGAAAAUCAAGCUGGCGGGGACGCUGCGGGAUAAGAUCGUCCACCAGUACCUGCUGCAGCCCUACGGCAAAGAUGGGCUGCACUCCAAGUCAGUGCAGCUCAACGGGCAGCCUCUGGCCAUGGUGGACGACGGGACCCUCCCCGAGCUAAAGCCCCGGCCGCUGAGGGCCGGCCGCACGCUGGUCAUCCCCCCGCUGACCAUGAGCUUCUACGUGGUCAAGAACGUGAACGCGUUGGCCUGCCGCUACCGAUAGCCCGCGGCCCGCAACGGACCCACCGCUCGCUCCCCGGGACGCGCCGCUCCUCGGCAGCACGGCGCGGGCACCGCAUCGCACCUGCUCCCCAACGCCCGGACGCCC